AUGGCACAUCUCCGCUUCACUAUGCAAUUCAAUAUGAGAAAUUAGAAAUUGCUGAAUUACUUUUAAAUCAUGGAGCUAACGUUAAUGCCUGUGAUAAGUCAGGUAUUACACCACUGUGUCUCACUGCUGAAAACAGACAUGUAAGUGGUGUACAGAUGCUUUUGGACAGAGGUGCUAAUGUUAAUGCUGAAACUCGGGAUGGUACAACUCCGCUUUAUCAUGCGAUUAAAUUUGAUAAUAUGAAAAUUGCUGAAUUACUAUUAGAUCAUGGUGCUAACGUUAAUGCUAGUGAUGAGUCAGGUGUUACACCACUGUGUCUUGCUGUUGUAAAAGUAAAUGUAGAAGUUGUUGCAUUGUUGUUAGACAGAGGUGCUAACAUUAAUGCUUUAUCACAUAACGAUUAUUGUGCCUUUUCUGGUCGCUUUUAUCGUGAAGAAAUUGGUGAGUGUCUUAUACAGCAUAUAGUUAAGAUAAAAGCUGCAAAUUUAUUCGUAAGUGAACAAUUAUUAUCAAUGAGCAGGAAUUAUGAAAGAAGUGAGUUACAGGAUAAAUGUGAAAAAGAAGUAGCAAUCAUGAAGAAUGAGAAAAUUAGUAAUACUAACAUAUCAUUUUACGAUAUCUUGAUAAAAGAUACAAAUCUAGUAAUAUACAUGAGAAAUGAAAAUGUAGUGCAGGUUUUAAGAUCAGACGAGUAUAAAACAAAAUUUCCAAUAUACUCUAGCAUGAUAAAAAAUCAGUUCAGAAAAGGUAUGAAAAAGAAAGAGUUGCUCGAACAAGGCACUAAAAUUUUCUACUUUUUCUGUAACUUUCCUGAAUUACCACUUGAGUGUAGUGAACAAAUAUUUAGUUACCUAAGUGAUAAUGACAUAAGAAUUUUAAUAGAUACUUGUAAGUCUGUUAGUGUCAGUAUUCUUAAUACUGAUAUUAAUGAUGUAGAAAUUACUUCAAAUACAUCUAAAGUGCUAUGUGUGUAAGUUAAGGAAGAACAAAUUAUUUUAAACAUGAAAUAACAGCCAGAAAAACUUAACAAUUAUUGCUGUAUUUUAAAUACAGAUUAUUAUCUUAUUUUUAAAUUAUUUUUUUUAAGAUUUUAUUUUAUUCUACUUUUUUGAAAGUUGUUUUUUACGUUUACAUUCUCUUGGACGUGUUUUUUUUUAUGGUGGAUUCAAGGAAAACUAGACUGUUUUAUAUCUUUCACUUUUUCAAACUUUGUGUCAGAUUUUAUAACAUUUGUAUAACGCAAAAGUUAUAUA